AUGGUAUGGGAAAUGGUCUAUGAGGAAGAAAAUGGUGAAGUUCGCCCUGAGAUGGUGAAAGAGAAGAAAUUUGGGAAGGAAGUGGUCUAUGAGGAAGAAAAGAGAGGCGCUAGUGAACUACUUGCUUUUGCUGCCCAUAUGCAUAUUCUUCUGCUUCCUAUCAAUUUACUUCUGUAUUCAGAUGCUGAGACGACGGCGACAGAAUCCCCAAGGUCGCGUAAUGAUUAUGACGCCAGUUGUUCCUGA